ACAGGUGUGAGCUACCAGCACCUGGCUUGCAAGAUGUCUUUAAGUAGAGAUGCUGAGAACUGGUAUGCUGGAUUUAAUAAAGCUGGGGUGCAGGUAGAAGUCUCUCCUGCCAUGUCCCUUCCCUCUUGCCCCUCUUCACAAUAUUUUUUUAACCCCAAUGAUAUGCUGUCCCAUUUAAACACCUCUUUUAGGUGUGGUAAGCAUUCACAGGCCCAUGAUUGCUGGUUUCAUUUAUUUGUCCUGCUUGUGGGUUCCUUAAGAGGGGCUGGGCAAGCAAUGCAGUAAACAGGGCAACCUGGCUGUCCUUGGGUCAUUGUUGAUUAUCCAGGGAGGGCAAACGUGGAGCCUUAAUCACAGGCCUUUCCUGCUGAGGAAAAGAGAAAGAAAGGAUGGACUACAGCCACCAAACUUCGCUAGUCCCAUGUGGACAAGACAAGUACAUUUCCAAGAAUGAACUUCUCCUGCAUCUGAAGACCUACAACUUGUACUAUGAAGGCCAGAACCUGCAGCUUCGACACCGAGAGGAAGAAGAUGAGUUCAUUGUGGAGGGGCUGCUGAACAUCUCCUGGGGGCUGCGCCGGCCCAUCCGUCUGCAAAUGCAGGAUGACAACGAACGCAUCCGCCCCCCUCCAUCCUCUUCCUCCUGGCACUCCGGCUGCAAUCUGGGGGCUCAGGGCACCAUUCUGAAGCCCCUCACCAUGCCCAACAUUCAGAUCUCAGAGGUGGACGCACCUGAGGGUGACCAGACACCAAGCCCCACAGAUGCUAGGGGCCUGAAGCCUGUGCAGGAAGACACACCGCAGCUGAUGCGCACUCGCAGUGAUGUCGGAGUGCGUCGCCGUGGCAACGUGAGGACGCCCAGUGACCAGAGACGAAUCCGACGCCACCGCUUCUCCAUCAAUGGCCACUUCUAUAACCACAAGACUUCAGUGUUCACGCCAGCCUAUGGCUCUGUCACCAAUGUCCGCAUCAACAGCACCAUGACCACCCCGCAGGUCCUGAAGCUGCUGCUCAACAAAUUUAAGAUUGAGAAUUCUGCAGAUGAGUUUGCUUUGUAUGUGGUCCACACCAGUGGUGAGAAACAGAAACUGAAGACCACAGACUACCCACUAAUCGCCCGGAUCCUCCAGGGCCCCUGUGAGCAGGUGUCUAAAGUGUUCCUGAUGGAAAAGGACCAGGUGGAGGAAGUCACCUAUGACGUAGCCCAGUACAUAAAGUUUGAGAUGCCUGUCCUUAAAAGCUUCAUUCAGAAACUUCAAGAGGAGGAAGAUCGGGAAGUGAAGAAGCUGAUGCGCAAGUACACUGUGCUCCGGCUAAUGAUUCGGCAAAGACUGGAGGAGAUAGCUGAAACCCCAGCAGCAAUCUGAGCCCCAGGAAUGAGGGGAUCCAGACACCCCAGGGGCUGUCCUUGACCAGAGAAGACCCACAGGAAGCUGGGUGCUUUCCUUCCAUGGAAAUGUUUAAUUACAGAGCUCUCCAGCUCCAUCUUUUGCUCCACAGAACAGGAUGGAGAAACCAGCGGACAACUCUGCACCCCAGGAUCCCUGGCUCCCUCUUUUUCACUUGUAAGGACUUUUAUUUCUGUCUGGAGGACUGAAAAUAUGUACAUGCAUGUGUGCAUGUGUGUACACGCACACAAUGCAAGUCUAUGUGCCUCACUGUGAUUUUCACAUGCAGUUGAUUCCACACAACCAGCACGAGAGCCAUAGGCUGGCAGAGGCGCUGCCCUGGGCAGAAGAGACAGAUGAACAAUGAUCUGAGGGGCCUUGGAUGAAAGAAAUAUUUCUUCCCUUCAGUGCCAGGGCAGUUGCACAAAUUGGCCCAUGUGUGGAAGGAAAGAAGGUCCCACCAGCUCUCUGUUUGAGGACUUGCAAGUUCAAAGAAAUUCUCCUGUUGGGCGCUGGUGACUCACACCUAUAACCAUAGCUAUUCAGGAGGCUGAGAUCUGAGGAUCCUUGUUCAAAGCCAUCAUGGGCAGAAAUGUACACAAGAUUCUUAUUCUAAUUAACCAGCAAAAAGCCAGAAGUGGAGCUGUGGCUCAAGCCAGAAGUGGUGCUGUGAAUGGUGCCCAGGCCCUGAGUUUAAGCUCCAGUACUGGCACACACGCACAUACAAAGAGAUGCUCCCUGUAUGUCUAGAAGGAUGGGUGAAUGUAAGAUUCUUGGAAAUGAACAGAAUGAUAGCCCCACACUCUUGGGGCCAAUUCAAUGGCAAGGAAAAGAAGGGAUAGAUGCAAUGAGCUGAGAAGUUCUUACACUGGAAAUGUUUGUUGGUCGCUUUCAGUAAGAGGAAUGUGUAGUUCUGGAUGCCUGAGAAGAAUGGAUUCAGCCUCUGCCCCUGCUCCAUGGCCACCAUGAGAGUCAGCUGAGCUUGCCUCUUUCACCAAGCUGCCAACCUGUUUUCCCUAGUGUUCCCCUGGGGUAAAGAAAGUCUCAGGAGACAAAAGCAUCACUGUUGGGCAUGUGAGCCUGAUUGGCUCAUGCUCCGUGUCUGACUUGGUGGACAGGAAGUUCCCAAGCUCCUUCCUUAGUGAAAGGGAAGGGUAGAGGCCAGGUGUUUGAAGUUGAGGUUUUAUUCUUCCAGGCUCUGGAUUCUUGUUGCUUCCCUCAACUUGUGCAUGGAGAUGCAAUCCAAGAAUGAGGGCUCUCUCCAAAGAAGGUUUGCAGAGCUGGGCAGCUGAGAGAAGGGGAGCUUCUGGCCAGCACCCUAAACAGCACCCUAAAGGAAGGCAGACCUUUGGGACAGAGCCCUUCCUGCCCUAGGCCCUCUCCUCUCCCCCCAGACCUGCCUGUGUUUUGAGCCUCCUCCAAGGCCUGUUUAAAUAUCUCACCAUUGUACUUUCUCUGUGAAUUUUCAGAAAGAUGGCAUGCUGCCACUAGGCACGUUGCCAAGUAUCUCUUAACAAGCCUACUUCCUCCUCUGGGGCAGCACCCCCAUUCCCUCCAACCCCAGGGGGUGGAAAGCCAGAGGAGCUGAGUGUCAAGUAUAUACCUC